UUUUACUUGGCAUCUCUGAUAGCUACGAUGAAUCUAUAUUGGAGUCUUUUUUCAUUUUUGGAAUAACAGACUAUUGAUCUAGUCAAAAUGUUCAUACAAUACAAUAGAUUAUUGUUAUUAUGCAGCUUUAAUUCACAAAACAAUUCCUUUGAUUACUACCGCAAUGAGACUCUGUUUUCUUCCUCGAUUUACCGGCACAAUUCGUUUUCGCUGCUGUUGCCUAGGAGCUGUCUUGGGAUUGGUAAUUCUUUUCUAUUUGCUAAUAACCAUGCUUAUUACGCACUCGACAACGAGCCAGUACACGAAAUGCUACGAAACAAUUGAUGUGGUUUAUACGUGGGUAAAUGGUAGUGAUGAACGAUUUUUGGACAAGAUUGCCCAAUAUUCAGAAACCCUAGAUAAGGCUCGUUAUGAUGACAAAAAUGAGUUGAAAUAUUCUCUCAGAUCACUUGAAAAAUUUGCACCCUGGAUAAGACACGUCUAUAUUGUGACUAAUGGCCAAGUUCCGUUCUGGCUUGACCUUGAUAAUACAAAAGUACACUUAGUUCAGCAUACGGACAUUGUUGAUGAUGAUACAGUGCUUCCUACAUUCUCCAGUUCUGCAAUCGAAACGCUUAUUCACCGCAUUCCGGGACUUUCUGAAAACUUCCUUUACCUGAACGAUGACAUUUUCCUAGGUGCGCCAUUGUUUCCUGAUGAUCUGUUAACUCUAUCAGAAGGUGUAAAAAUAUUUACUGCUUGGUUGGUACCCGAUUGUGCACCGGAUUGUCCAUGGAUGUUUGUAGGAGAUGGCUCCUGCGACAGUCACUGUUAUUUGGAAGAAUGUCAAUUCGAUGGUGGAGAUUGUGAUCACUCUGAUUAUCUGAACCAUGAUCACGAACUGAAAGAGGAAGAUUAUCCAACGGUUACAGACCUAGAGGAGACUUUUAUCGAAAUUCCAAAAAGGUUUCCUCGAGGAACGAAAAAAUCCGAAAGCAUUAGAGAUAUCCAUGAGAUUUUUAUGCAAUCGAAUUUGUCUUCCACCAAGGAACUGGUAGAUAAAUUCAACAGAGAUAAAAUGAAAAGUAAUAAGCUCGGUUCUAAAAAGAAUAUAGCAAAAAACGAGAAAUCUGAACACGAAGAAAAAGGUGAAGAAACAAUGACUAACUCACAGGAUGUUUUUGCACAUUCCCUAAUACAUACGAAUAAGAUUUUUAAUAAAGCUUACGGAUUUAAGAAUCGGAAAGUACUAGCUCAUGUUGGGUUUUUGCUAAAUGUGAAAAUUGUGGAAGCUAUGCUACAGCGAUUCAGAGCAGAAUUCGUUGUUACGAAAAGUCACCGUUUUAGAGAAAAAGACGAUCUUCAAUACGCCUUCACGUACUAUCACUUCUUAAUGAGUGAGAGCAGAAACAAAAGUGUUUCUGAGAUAUUCGACGAUUUUGACACCGACUCCUCAGGAACUUGGUCUGACCGUGAAAUUCGAACAUUGUUGGCAAAAAUUUACAAUUUACCACUAGAUUGGUCUGCAGUAAGAUAUUUCGAGGAAGUAGUCACCAACUGCUCUCUACAGCAGAACAAUUUCAUUGCUCUGAAACACCAACUGGAUCAGAGAAUUGUCUAUCCCACAUUAGUUUAUGAACGCUACGAGGAUUCCACAAUUCCUACUGUCACCAGGAACCUAGUUCUUCAUUGCCAUGAACUAACGGAUAUGAUGCGAGCCAAUUUUGGUCAGGUACCUCUGUAUAGGUUUCACAUAAACCAAAAGACGGGAAUCUACAGUAAUUUUAAAAUGCUAACGUCUAACAUCACUCAGGUUGUUGAUGCACUUGAUGAACUACGCAAGAACCCGAAGAAAUUCAACUGCAUUAACGAUAACCUAACCGAGGACAAUCUGGAAGAAAAUCAACUGAUAUCAGCCCUACUAGAAGAUUUCUAUCUUUCACUAUUUCCUGCCCGAAGUCAGUUCGAACUGGAUAAUAACUAUCGUAACAGAUUUCAGUACUACGAUGAUUAUCGGGACUGGUUGGAUCGCAAGCUGCUGGUUCGUAAUAUCGCUUACAGCAUUUGCCUGAUGGUCUUUCUUAUUUGCACAAAGAUACUCUGCUUUCGGCACAAAGCCAAAUUUGCUAGCACACUCGUGUUUCUUGGCAGUCGUCAAGAUUAUAGGGCGAUUUGAAAGGUGCAUCGAAGUGCUCUUUGAUGCAAUCAUUCUUCCCUCUUCAAGCUAGAUAAAUUGUUUUAUUAUAUUUUAUUACAUGUAUUUAUGUGAGUGACAAGAAUUAAAGUGAAUACACACAAAUGUCAAAA